CCCGCACCGCCCACCAUGCGCGGCCUCGGGCUCCUGCUGCUUGCGCUGUGGCUACAGGAGGUUGCCCCCAGGGCCACCCUGCCCCACGUGGAGCAGUACGAGGUGGUGAGGCCCCGGCGCCUGCCAGCACCCCGCACCCGCCGAGCCCUGCCCUUCCACUUGGGCCUGUACCCGGAGAGUGUGAGCUACGUCCUGGGGGCCCGAGGGCACACCUUCACCCUGCACCUUCGGAAGAACAGGGACCUGGUGGGCUCGGGCUACGUGGAGACCUACACGGCCGCCGAUGGCUCCCAGGUGACAGAGCGGCUACUGAGGCAGGACCACUGCUUCUACCAGGGCAACGUGGAGGGGCACCAGGGAUCCGCUGCCAGCCUCAGCACCUGUGCCGGCCUCAGGGGCUUCUUCCAGGCCGGCUCCACCAUCCACCUGAUCGAGCCCCUGGAUGGGGGCGGGGAAGAGGGGCAACACGCACUGUACCAGGCACAGCACCUGCAGCAGAAGGCCGGCACCUGCGGGGUCAACGACAGCAGCCUGGAGACCAUCCUGGGGCCGCGGGUCUCGGCGGCCCUCAGGCCCCGGAACUGGCCAGUGCCCCGAGAGACCCGCUACGUGGAGCUGUUCGUGGUCACGGACAGCACAGAGUUCCAGCGGUUGGGGAGCAGAGAGGCUGUGCGCCAGCGGAUGCUGGAGGUGGUCAACCACGUGGACAAGCUUUAUCAGGAGCUCAAUUUCCGCGUGGUGCUCGUGGGCCUGGAGAUGUGGAACGGUGGGGACAAGAUUCACGUCAGCACCCAGGCCGACACCACACUGAACAACUUCCUGUCCUGGCGGGUGCGAGACCUGGCGGGGCGGCACCUGCACGACAACGCGCAGCUCAUCACCGGGGUCGACUUCGCAGGGACCACCGUGGGACUGGCCAGGGUGUCCGCCAUGUGCUCCCAGGGCUCGGGGGCUGUGAACCAGGACCACAGCCCGAACCCCGUCGGCGUGGCGAGCACCAUGGCCCAUGAGAUGGGCCACAACCUGGGCAUGGACCACGACGAGAACAUCCAGGACUGCUACUGCGCAGUGCCACGGAACGGCGGCGGCUGCGUGAUGGCGGCCAGCAUCGGCUCCACCUUCCCCAGAAAGUUCAGCCACUGCAGCCGGGCUGACCUGGAGACGUUCGUGGAGAAGCCCCAGACGGCCUGCCUGGUAGACGCCCCGGACCCCGACCGGCUGGUGGGCGGCCCCGUGUGUGGGAACCGGUUCCUGGAGCGUGGGGAGCAGUGCGACUGCGGCGCCCCCCAGGACUGUCAGAACCGCUGCUGCAAUGCCAGCACCUGCCUGCUGGCCAAGGGGGCUGAGUGUGCCCACGGCAGCUGCUGCCACGAGUGCAGGGUGAAGCCGGCCGGAGAGCUGUGCCGCCCUGCAAAGGACCAGUGUGACCUCGGGGAGUACUGCGACGGCCGGCAGCCCAUGUGUCCCGAGGACGCCUUCUGGGAGAACGGCACGCCCUGCCCGGGGGGCUACUGCUACAACGGGGCCUGCCCCACGGUGGCCCAGAGGUGCCGGGACUUGUGGGGGCCAGGCGCUCGGGUUGCCACGGAGACGUGCUACAGCUACAGCAUCUCCAUAGGCUGCAAGGGCAGUAUCCCCCUGGACUUUGGCAGGGUCAACAGGUGUGGCACUCUGUUCUGUGAGGGGGGGCAGAAGCCCCCGGAGCGGAGUUCCUGCACCCUCACCUCCUCCUCGGGUGCUUGCCAGGCUCUCGUCCAGGACAGCAGCAGCGCGUACGAGCCAGUGCCGGAAGGCACCAAGUGUGGCGAGGAGCAGGUUUGCUGGAAAGGCUUCUGCCAGGACCUCCAUGUCUACAGAUCCAGAAACUGCUCUGCCCGGUGUAGCAACCAUGGGGUGUGCAACCACAAGGACCAGUGCCACUGCCACCCGGGCUGGGCCCCGCCCUACUGCGCAGAGCUGCUGUCCACCGUGCGCACAGGCUGGCCUGGACAUGCGCUAAGCUGCCCGCGGGCCCUCCCAGCCCCUGCUGCCUCGAGGCACAUCUGGCCCUGGUGGCACCUGGCCUCCUGUGUCCCCACAGCGUCCCGGAGACGCCUGGUGGGCGUGCUGGUGCCUGUGGCGCUCCUGGUGCCUGUGGCGCUGACCCUGGCAGGCGUGGUCAUCUACCGCAAAGCCUGGCGCCCCGUCCGAAGGAGGAAUGUGGCGCCCAAGACGGCCAUGGGGCUCUCCAACCCCCUGUUCCACGAGGGGCACAGGACACCGGUGAAGGGCAGGGCCUCGGCUCCCACCAGGGGGCCCCCAGAGCCGGGCCCUUCCUCCCACCCCAGCCAGCCACCCAAACCCACGGCUUCCGCGGUGACCCCUAAGUGGCCACCUCCUGCUCCUCCAGCCGCUAUGUCCAGCCCACCGUCCCCAGUUCCUGUGUAUACCCAGCAGGUCCCAGGCCAGCAGCUCAGACCUGCUCCUCCCACCAAGCCCCUCCCGGGGCUGAAGGCCAAGCAGGUCGUCAAGCCAACCUGCACUCCACCGAUGCCACCCAUCAAGCCCAGGGCCGGAGGGGCCCAGCCUGGACCCACUAAGGGAGUUGUUGCCCCAAAGGUUGCUCUGAAACCCCCCGUCCAGAGGAGGUGA